CUACAAAUCUCCACCUCCAUGAGAAUUCAUCCUUUGUGCAGCAAGAGAAACAUGAACAUGAGGGAUGCUUUUGAUUCUUCAGUCAAUGGACAUGCCCUCAAGAAACUCAGGAAACUUCCUCAUGUCUUUGGCAAGGUCCUAGAAUUGCCCUUUGGGUCUGAUGCUGAUGUUGAUGUUGAAGAUAGUCAUGAAACCAUUCGCUUCAUCGCAAAAGUUGAGAUCGAUGGCGAGGAUGUUGCUAAUGAAGUCAGGGCUCACGCCGUUGAGAUUCACCCUGGGGUUACCAAGAUUGUGGUGAGGAAGGACGAAGGAGAUCUGGACUUGUUGCUGGACAAAUUGAACAUAGAUACAUGGCGUUUUAGGCUUCCGCGGUCAGCUCAGCCGGCCUUGGCUUCUGCGGUGUUUGUCGAUGGAGAACUUAUUAUCACGGUGCCUAAAGGCAAUUCUCGAGAGUUUGGUGAUGGAAGGGACGUGUGGCUCGGUGACAGCCGGCUGGUUCUUGUUCAGUGAAUUAAAGCUUAAACAUUCAAGAAAGGAUGAUGAGAUGGUAAACAUAAGGGUUUGCAUGAAAUGCAAAUGUUUAUAUUGCCAAUGCAUUGACGCAUGUUUGUGUUCUGAAUCUAAUGUGCCUGCUAUUUAAUUUGUGUUAUUUCUGAUGUACUUGAUCAGGAAAACAUACAGUUUAAUGUCUAUUUUGCUUUUGUAUUGCCAGAGUUUCAGUAGACGGUUGAAUGGCUAUGAAUUCGGCUGGAAAAUUUGUAUGGAAUCCUCUGUUAAUGAUUUGCUUU